AUGUUGACGCAGGUUUACGCCGGUUUAAUCCGGAACGUUUCCUGGAUGGCCGACAGUAAAAUGUUUGAACUGCUCUCUCCAACCUGCCCGGCCGUUGCGGAGGCCUUUGUCGAUGCUUAUAAAAAAGCCAUCGUUCAAAAUAUGUCAAACAAAGAAGCGCGGGAUCGUGAAAUGGCCGCCGUUUCGGCUACGCUUUCUGCCCUCUGGAAUCUCGCCUCACAUUCGACGGACAACAAAAAGGCAAUCUGCAAAACGGAAUUCUGCCUCACCUACCUCGUAGAACUGCUGACGCCCAACGCCAAGGCUACGUUGAUUGUUGAGAGUGCGACCGGAGUUUUGAAAUACGCGACACAGUACGUGUCCAGCGCGCCGUGUCACGCACAAAUUCGGGCAAGCCUAUUACCCCCAUUGUUACCGAUGCUCAACUCUUCCUCAUUUACGAUCAUCUCGAACACGGUGUCGGCCAUUGACAACCUGAUCGUACACGACCCGAAUUUACAGAAUUAUCUGCGUGAACAAACGUACCCGCAGCUGAAUACGCUACGCAAUUCACAACGUGACGAUAUUCGAGCGUUGGUCAAGCGAGUGCUCAACCAUCUCAACAAUGCGGCCAUGUAUACGUCUCAUCAAUACAAUUCAAUGAUGUCGGCAUCAAUGGGCGGUGAUAUGCUGCAUUCGGCUUCUCCUCGUUAUAUGGAUAAUCGUUUGUUGACUUUGCGUGCCUCUCGGGCAUCUCCAGGCGCUCCUGCCCUUCCCCAACAAACAAUGUCCAUCUACAAUCGCUCUAGCUCAUUGCCGAGGCAUUUCUCAAAUGGAAUUACUCCGCAUAAUGGAAAUCCUGCUAUGGUUAAUAGUCAAUUCCAAAAGUCACCCGAUCACGUGUCCCAACGCUCCUAUUUACAGUCGAAUGAGACGAGCCAGGAAAGCGGAGUCGUAGGCGACGACGGCAGUCAGCUGGACGGAGAGUUACACGAAAUCGAACCAACGGAAAGUCUGCGCGUCUCCCCCUCGACGUCGACACAAUCCCUUGGUUCAUUGAUGCCAGAAGUGAAUACCUCCGGCUGGGAAAGUGUCGUCGACACGGCCGACAAUAGUGCCCGUCUAUCCCCAGUAUCCCCAUCCGAUCUACCGGAUUCCCCGACCGCUUACUCCAACCCUAAUUUCAUGAUGCAGCAGGUUGGCUUCAUGUCACUCGAUCAUGCUGCAAAUGGCCCACGGCUGAAUCCGCAGCCGAUGGCCGCCCUCCAGAUCAGCACCACGACCCCGCGACGCCCGAAUUUGCAUUCGAGACAAACUACGGCUAGCAGCGACGCAACGUCAAUUCCGAGUGAUGAACCCACACCCACAUAUCCGUUGAGGCCGAGCCGACGUGAGAGCCACAGUGAUGACGACGUUCUCCCCGGACCAAUCGACGAAAACGACUACGCGUCACUUCCGAUCGACCAUACCUUGUUGGACAAAUCAAUCGCGGCAGCCCUACCACCAAAAAAGCCAGAUGUCGAUCGGAAAGGGGCCCUCCUCCUCAGCGAAGCCAUCGAGUCUGCCAUGCCGCCACCGCGCUUCCCCCUUAUCAAUAAAUCCCUAAUGUGCAACCAUAUGGGUGAACUGGUGCGAGACGCAGCACGCCUUGACGAGUCCUUUGAACAUCCCGAUUCGGAGGACGAGCCCACCGACUACAGCGAAUCCUCUUCCGAGGCAGAGCCCAUCACCGAGGUCAACGCCGAUCUGCCGAGCGAUGUCCUCGAGGAGCUCGAAAAGGAGAAGGAGCUGCUGGAGCGAGCACGAGAAAAAGCGAGCAACACCCAGAAUCGAACGUCGCGCCUCCGACCUCCGAUCGCAAGAAAGCCGACAAAUGUACAGAAGCCGACUAGUCCCCGGAUGGCCGUCCAACCGUACAACUACAAGAAAUCGACGGGUGCCCCGGUUGGAGAGCGCGACGAGGAGAAGCAGCCCGACGAGCAACAGGCCCGAAUGCGCUCCUCCAGUAACAAACUUCUCGUGACAACCGUC